AUGUGCCGCGACGAGAGAGUCGCCGCGCUUGCCAUUGACAAUGGCUCCAGCAUGUGCAAAGCUGGCGUUGCUGGGGACGAUGCCCCCCAAGCUGUGUUUCCCUCCAUCAUCGGGCACCCCCGGCACAAGAGCGUGAUGGUGGGCAUGGGCCAGAAGGACUCCUAUGUGGGCGACAAGGCCCAGAGCACCGGCAUCCUGACCCUGAAGUACCCCAUUGAGCAUGGCAUCGUCACCAACUGGGACGACAUGGAGAAGAUCUGGGACCACUCCUUCUACAACGAGCUGUGCGUGGCCCUGGAGGAGCACCCAGUGCUGCUGAUCAAGGCCUGCCCGAACCCCAAGGCCAACAGAGAGAUGACUCAGAUCAUGUUUGAGACCUUCAACACCCCGGCCAUGUAUGUGGCCAUCCAGCCCGUGCUAUCCCUCUAUGCCUCUGGGUGCACCACUGGCAUUGUCAGGGACUCUGGAGAUGGGGUCACCCACACGGUGCCCAUCUAUGUGGGCUACGCCCUCCCACAUGCCAUCCUGCAUCUGGACCUGGCUGGCAGGGACCUGACAGGCUACCUCAUGAAGAUCCUCACCGAGCGUGGCUACAGCUUCACCACCUCGGCCCAGCGGGAGAUCAUGCCCCACAUCAGGGAGAAGCUGUGCUACAUCACCCUGGACUUCGAGAAGGAGAUGGCCACGGCCGCAUCUUCCUCCUCCCUGGAGAAGAUAGAGCUGCCCAAUGGCCAGGUCAUCACCAUUGGCAAUAAGCCAUCCCGGUGCCACUAA